AUGUCUUCCGCCUUCGUUCAGCGCCCUGCCCCUGGCUUCAAGGCCACUACCGUCUUCCCUGGCGGCGAGUUCAAGGACAUCAACCUGUCCGACUACCUUGGACAAUGGGUCGUCCUCCUCUUUUACCCCCUUGACUUCACAUUCGUUUGCCCUACCGAGAUCAUCCAGUACAACGAUGCGCUCCCUCGUUUCCGAGCCAUCAACACCACCGUCCUUGGUGUCUCGACCGACUCCCAUUUCUCCCACCUGGCCUGGACUGAGAAGCCCCGCAAGCAGGGCGGUCUUGGCUCGGAUCUCGAGCUCCCCCUCGUCGCCGACAAGUCUCACAAGAUUUCGCGUGACUAUGGCGUGCUGAUCGAGGAGGAGGGCGUCGCUCUUCGUGGUCUGUUCAUCAUUGACCCCAAGGGCAUCCUCCGCCAGAUCACCGUCAACGAUCUUCCCGUCGGCCGCAAUGUCGAGGAGACUAUCCGUCUGGUCGAGGCCUUCCAGUUCACCGACGAGCACGGGGAGGUCUGCCCCGCAGGCUGGCAGAACGGCAGCAAGGGCAUGAAGGCUGACCCCAAGGGCAGCUUGGAAUACUUUGCUGCGCAGGACGAGACCAACGGCCAUGCCAACGGCAACGGCCAGAAGCGUCUGAGAGUUGACUAA